AUCGUAUUCAUGCGGAUUUAUUUACCUGAGAACAGCAAAGGUGACAGAAGGCGAGAACGUUGAACUAGAAUAUUAUCCAUCGAAAUAUGUUAUGCAAAAUCAAAAACACUUUGUACGAGAGUGGAAGCGUUCUACACAGAAUCACCUUCUUACAAUACGUUUGACGGAAGAUGAGUAUGAGGAAGAAAUGGAACCCAAUGAUAAAUAUGUGUUGACUAUAAUAAUGUUCAAUGAACGUAUGAAUGGCGGAUAUGGAGUUUACUGCGGCGGAAGAUUGAACUACUCAAAUUUUGUCAAUGUGAUAAUACCAGUUGCACCAAGAGCACCAGCAUUUGAAGGUUUAAAGGACAUAGGCGACUGUAAGGAGUGUAUUGUUGGUGAGGAUGGUGAUCAGUUCAGUGUACUCUGCAAGACAAGUGGUGGUACACAGCCAAUUAAAGUCACCAUGUCGAUAGGGAAUAAAUCGCUAAGCUCAGCACGCUAUAAUGACACAGCGGGUUACCUGGCUUUCUUUACACUUCGCAACAAACAUCAUAUGGCAAUUAUGACAUGCACAGUUAUGAACGAUGCAUUAACCUCACCUUUAAUCAUCACUGCACAUGUGUAUGUUAUCAAAUCACCAAAAUUCCAGUCAUUUACGGUACCACAGACUCUCAAGGAAGGAAGUAUCGGUACUAUUACAUGCAUACUGGAUGGCGGAAGACCUGCCCCGAAUGUAACUUUAAACAUUUCCGGUAAGGGUGUGACGUCUGCACUAAAAACAGAAAGUUUCAAUGCUACCACCUCUUUAUACACGAGUGUUGUUUCCCUGACAACAUUCGAACGAACUUGGAAUAGUGAAAACGUUACAUGUUGUCGUUUCAAUGAAUGGUACAACAUAACCAGCGAUUGUUCCCCACCGCAAGAGAUCAAUUUUUUGUUUCCACCUUCAACUAUCAAACUGGAGGUCAAAGUUGAGCAAAAACUUCCACUUGAAAUAUACGCUGUUUGUACCAUCUACAAUUCAAACCCAGCAUGUGGGGUAAACAUAAGUGCACCAAACGGAGUCAUUGUUUCAGAACGGUACACCAAUAACUUGAGCCAACCUCAUGGCGCCUGGAAUUCAGAAUAUGCAGUAAAUUUGAAUGUCAGUAAAGACGACAAAGGUGAAAAGAUAGAAUGUACAGCUGACUGUCAAAAUUUUAAUGUCAACUUGAAGGACGCACGCUCGAUUGUUCUGCCUCAUGCACCUACAAUCGAAUUCAACAUAUCUGGUUCAGAAGUUACAAUUUUACACGGAGAACAGACACACAUAAAAUGCUUAGCAGAAAGCAUUCCUGCCUCCAACAUUUCAUGGGUAGAGCAAACAGAUGACGGAAACAUAACUAUGAAACUGUGUCAAUUGAAAACAGACUGCGUCAUUGUUGUUGAAGCAAAUCUUAACCAACAACGAAAGUUUAUUUGCCAAACUCAUUAUUUAGAAACAAGCGACCAAAAGACCCUGACUGUUAACAUUCUUGAGAAAGAUGAGAAACGUUACAAAGACUUGGACAAUUCUGCCACUGGUGAUAAAUCGUAUAUUUGGAUUAUUAUUGGCUCUUGUUUAGCUGUCCUCUUUGUUGUAGUCACCGUAUGCCUUAUUACAAGAAAAAAAUUGAGGAACAUUGAAGGUAAUUAUGUCUCCCCACCCCCACACACUGGGUGAGACAUAUUGCUUUUG